AUGGCCGAUGGUAAACUUACUUUGCCUCUGGUUGAUGUUCCCCCAACCAAAAAAGACAAAGAAAGCCCAGAUUAUUGUAUCUAUCACAAAGCCACCAGACACCCUACUAGGGACUAUUGGACUUUGAAAAGCAUCUUCAAAAAGAAAGUUGUUGCGAAUGAGCUGAAGUUCAAUGACAUCGGUAACCAUGAUCUAGGGUUGAGCCAAGCCACCAGGUUGGAAGUAACAAAGGCCCUCAUCAACAUCUCUGAAGUGCACCAUACUAAAGCUGUUGAGGCUAAGGAGUAUGUGCCUCGACGCAUCCAGGAAGAUUAUGGGGCCAUUACCUUUUCAGAGGCAGACAGAGCAUAUCCAUUUCCUCAUAACCGUCCUCUUUUUGUCACAGCUUACAUCAAUGACGCAGAGUUCGAGCGUGCUUUCCUUGAUGGCGGAGCAUCCAUAAACAUCAUCACUACCGACACCUUUGCGAAGGCCGGUAUCCCAGAGUCCAGGAUGGUACGUCAACCCAUUACUGUGACGGGUUUUGGUGGUGAGAAAAAAGUCACUAAGGGCCAUGUUGUAGUGGACUUAGCAGUUGACGAGAUCCGCUCCGCAACUAAGUUCCACGUGAUUAAAGUGGACACAAAUUACCACAUGAUACUUGGCAGAGCUUGGAUGCACCGAUAUGGGGCUAUCCCGUCGAGUUAUUACCAAUGCAUGAAGGCAAAGUUGAGGAAGCACACAGUGACCAUAAAUGCAUCUGAAAAACCAUUUGGAGUAGAGGAGGCACACUAUUCUGAUGCAGUUUUGUUCACUGAGCUGUCAACGGAUGAAAUUCCAAGGACUGGUAAAGUUGCAAGGGUAAAAUUACCGAAGUGA